AUGGUGCUAGAUAAGAUAGAUGGUGCGAAGCGACCCAGACCGAUGAGAACGAAUCCAAGCCAGAAGAAUAUGAAUUUUUUUUGCGAUUAUCAUGGAACCCAUGGUCAUCGAACGGUCGAUUGUCGACACCUCAGAGAUGAGGUUGUUCGGUUGUUGAAAGAUGGCUAUUUAAGAGAAUUCUUAAGUGAUAGGGCUAAAGAUAACUACGGGAAGCACAAGGACUCGGUUAAGCAGGAACCUCAGGCUGAGCCUCGUCAUGUUAUAAACAUGAUAAUUAAUGAACCCGAGCAAUCCAAAGAAGUGCCAGAAAAAAAAGUGCUUUCGGCUGUAAGGAUUGAGACGACGGAAGAACUGAAGCAAAAGACUACAGAAUUGGGAUGGAAAGAUGUGCUGUUAGUAGGAGAUAUUUUGCCUCGACCAAAUGAUUUGGUGAUAUCAGCUUUAGUCAAUAGUAUUAUGGUUUCUGGAAUAGCAGUAGCACCAAGGAGUGAAAUGAAUCUUAUUCAGUGGGAUGUUGUAGAACAACUAGUUGAAAUGGGUGAAAUGGAAUUGUCUGAGAAAUGA